AUGGCGCCUGUGCAACCAAGUGUUGGCCCAUCUAGGGAUGAGCCUAGAGUAUUUGGCCUUGACAAGUUCAAUGGUGACAACUUUGCUGAGUGGUCCUUCAGAAUGGAGAACAUAUUUGACCACUAUGACCUGCUGGAGGUGAUGGAAAGAACGGAGAAGCGUCCCGAGAACGACCUGGAGAAGAGCCCGUGGGUGCGGAAGAGCGCACAAGGCUACCUCCUACUUGGGCAAGCGUUGGGGAGCAGCCAAAUCCGUCACAUUAAGCCUUUCCAGCGUGAACCAGAGAAGGGACCAAAGGCAUGGGCUGCUCUCAAGGGUGUACACGCUCCUACAACAGCGGCGGUAGCUGUGGUGUUGGAACGGCAAAUGGCAACACUACGAAUUGAAGAGGAUGAAGCGGUUGAAGAAGGGGUGCAGAAAUUCUUCGACUUGUUGACGCGGCUUGAGGGAGCUGAUUUGAACUAUAGUGAGCUCCAAAAGAAGACCAAGUUGCUGGCCCUACUCCUUGAGUCACGGUCCUCGCUCAUCAUCAACCUUAAUCGCGACUUGCCCCGCCUCUCGCUUGAAGACGUUAAGCGAGCUAUCCUUCAAGAGGAUUUCCGCCGCCGUGAGUUGGCGAGUGCGGAUGGCGCUGGGGCAGCGAGCAUCGGCCGUGGAUAUGGUCGAGGAAGAGGUAGAGGACGAGGGGGAGGAAGUUUUGGUGGCAGCAACUUCGGCGGAGGCCGCGGGAGUGGCGGUUACGGCAGCGACGACAAGAGCUACGGACACGGUCGCGGCCGAUUCAACGGCGAGUGUCACUAUUGCCACAAGAGCGGACACAUGUGGUGCGACUGCUACAAAAUCCCUGAUGGUUGGACCCCUGCUCAAGGCCAAGAGGGUAGAGGAGCAGGAGGAGGGAGAGGACGAGGCCGUGGAGGCCGUGGCGGUCGCGGUGGCGGAGCUGCAAACAUGAAGAGCGGAGACAACGACAAGGACCCGAGCGACGAUCGGUACCCGGGUCUAUUCUACUUCGUGUCGACGCAAGUACCAGCUGGUCCAGAAAAGGAUGAAGGCUUUGAGGAGCCAGCAGCUGUGGGGAAGGUGACCCUACACCCCCUGGACUAUUGGGUGAUUGAUAGUGGCGCUACCUAUAGCAUGACACCUCGCACGGACUUGCUCACCGAACUCGAGCCGUCACCGGUGAAGCAUGUCACAUCGGCUUUGGGGCAGCGAGCAGAGGUGAAAGGCAUGGGCAAGGCCAUGUUCAAGGGUGCUGAUGGGAAGAUGGUGGGCCUCAAGAACGUGCUUUGGGUGCCCAGCCUCGCUGCGAACCUGAUCUCCGUGCGGCGGUUGGCAAAGGCCGGCAUGGACACGAACUCGAAGGGAGCUAAGACCUACACCGCAAGGCUUGGCGAUCGAAUUCUUUGGGACCUUCAUGAGGACAGAGAUGUCUACAACGAGAUGUGGCAGAUCCCAGUGGUCCCUAUGCCUAAGGAGAGGCAAGUGGCAGCAAGCAUCAGCAUUAAGGAUGGAGCGGUUGGUAGCGACGAUGGCGCGAACGGUCGCGCUAAGGAGAAUGAGCUCAAGAAGAGCAAACCUGGAGGGACCAGCAAGUUCAGUGAACCUAAGGAGAGUGGUGCAGCAACCAAGGAGCAGCAAAAGGGUGAGGAGAACCCCGAGGCAGCAGCGGAGGAGGACUACGGAGAAAGUAUGUGGGGCGCUAUUGCGAGCGCGGCAUUCUCCAAUCCAACUUCGGCUACGGGGGAGUGUGAUUGGCUCACCUUGCAUCGGCGCAUGGGGCAUGUGGCCCUGCCCAUCUUGCAGCAGCUAGUGAAGAAUGAGAUGGUUGCUAGCAUACGUGUGAAAGGGGAGCCCAAUGAGGUACUUGGCUGCCCGACGUGCAUGCAAGCCAAGUUCACCCGAUUCCCGUUCUCUAGUUCGGAGGCGACGGCUAAGGCACCGCUUGAUGAGGUGGUGAUGGACGUGGUGGGCCCCCUGAAGCUUGGAGCUGCUGGAGCUGAGUAUUUUCUCACCAUUGUCGACGUCUACACCCGCAUGACUUGGGUGUAUGUGCUGGCCAAGAAGAGCGACGAGUUUGGGUUGUGGCUGAAGAAGAAUGGUAUUUGGCACUCCCUCACCAUGCCAUACUCCCCUGCAAUGAACGGCAUCGCCGAGCGAGCGAACCGCACAAUCACGGAGGCAGCACGCGGGUUGCUCAUUGAAGCCGGGCUACCCGACUAUUUCUGGCCUGAUGCGGUGCGGAGCGCGUGUGUGGCCAAGAACCGAGCCUUGACUCAUGUGGGAGCAGACAAAUGGGUGCCCUAUGUGGAGUGGCUAGGAAGGAAGCCAAAGGUGGAUAUGCUUCGGGUGUUCGGGUGCAUGUGCAUGGCGCUCGUGCCUAAGCAUCUUCGGCACAACAAGCUUGGUGCCAAGGCGGUGUGGGCCGUGCACUUGGGCAUGGCUCAAAACAGCAAGGGAUGGCUUCUUUGGGACCCAUUCACCAAGAAGUUUGUGGUGAGCAGGGACUGCAAGUUCAUGGAGAACUUCAUGUACAAAGAUUGGAAGGCGGAGAAUGAGGCGAAGAUAGGCGUGCGGUUUGGGGAGGUGAAGAGUUCCGGUUUGGAGCAUGUGGAGCUGCCUUUGGAGCUGAGCAGCGGCAGCACAACCACGAGGCAAUCUUCCCUUAUGAAUGGGGGAGAGGAGGCCAAUGAUGCAGAGGAAGAAGAGGAGGAGGUGCAGCAAGUGAGCGAGCGUGCACCGUCACUCCCUUCCCGUACUACGAGUGCUCUACGGAUUCGAGCCACACCGCAGCAACGCCAAGGCCUUCAAGUCCCUGCAGCUGAGGAGGAAGGAAGGGGGAAGAGGAGAGUUCAACCCCCUAAUAGGCUGACCUAUGAUGCGCCGGGAAAGCAGGGCAAGACAGCCCUGGCCGGAGCGGCAAUGAUGGUCGGAGACGACGAGGAGAGUGACUACGAGGAGUGUGCCUUCGCGUUCUUCUCUCCGGUGGAGAUGCCGGGAGAACCAGCAACUCUCAAGGAGGCUUUGGAGAGUAGUGAUGCUGAGGAGUGGAAGAAGGCCAUGGAGAGUGAGCUGAAGAGCAUCGAGGAGAAUGACACGUUUGAAUUGGUGGAGCUACCGGAGGGGCGUACGGCGAUAACGUCCAAGUGGCUCUUCAAAAUCAAGUCGGAUGCCGACGGCAAGAUCGAGCGCUACAAGUCUAGGCUUGUAGCCAAGGGGUACCAGCAGAAGGAGAAGGUGGACUUCAAGGAGCUGUUUGCCCCUGUGGUGAAGCCAACGAUGCUGCGAACCCUAUUCGCGGGAGCCGCCAUAAAAGGAUGGGUAGUAAAACAAAUGGACAUCGUAACGGCAUUCCUUAACGGCAUCCUUGAGGAGGAGAUUUUUAUGGCGCAGCCAGAGGGGUUUGAUGAUGGUAGUGGCAGAGUGUGGAAGCUGAAGAAGGCCCUCUAUGGGCUGAAGCAGGCCCCUAGGCAAUGGUACAUGAAGCUGCGCGAAGUGUUGGAGGAGAUCGGCUUCACUCCCUCAACGGCCGAUCACUCUUUGUUCAUGCUUGGCGAGGGGGAGCAGAGGAGCUUCAUGGUGGUUUACGUGGAUGACAUUCUUAUAUUCUCACCCUCCUCUGACCUUGUGAAGGAGGUGAUGCUGAAGCUGCAUGACAAGUUCAAGUGCAAGUCCCUUGGUGACGUGAACUUCUACCUUGGGCUCCACAUCAAACGAGACGUGGAGAAGCGGAGCAUGCGAGUGCACCAACGGAAGUACCUGGAGGCGUUGGCUGCCAACUUUGGCCAGAGUGAAGGUCAUGUGGCUACUCCCUUUUCCUCUGGGUUCAAGUGUGUGAAGGGACCACAGGAGGAGAGCGUUGGAGAAGAGGAGAGGCGCCGGUUUCACUCGUUGGUGGGCAGCCUCAUGUAUGCGGCGGUAAACACCCGACCGGACGUCGCGUUUGCUACCGGGCAGCUGGCUAGGGUUGUGCAAUGCCCUAAUGAGGAGCAGGUAGCAGCUGGAAUGAGGGUGGCCAAGUAUCUUGGCCAAACACCGACCGUUUGGCUGCAAUACUCGGCGGCGGCACAAAGGCGCCAAAAGGGCGCGGAUGGUGUUGAACCCGGGCGUUUGUUCCUCACCGCCUACUCGGAUGCUUCAUAUGCAUCGGAACCAGAGGACAUGACAAGUGUGGGAGGCUUCAUAUGCUGUGUUGGUGGAGGCCCAACUGCUUGGGAGAGCAAGAAGCAGGUUGACCAGGCUUUGAGCUCGGUGGAGUCCGAGUACAUGGCACUCUUCCGUGCCGUACGGGAGAUUGUGUGGCAGCGGCGUUUGUUGGCUGAAUUGGGGGAGGAGCAGCAAGGACCUACCCCACUCUACUGUGACAGUCAGGGUGCCAUUGCUCUUGCUAAGAACCCUGUGUUGCAUGGACUCAUAAAGCACAUGAGGGUGAAGUGGCAUUGGACGAGGAGCAUGGUGACCGCGGGUGAAGUUGAGUUGCGGUACGUGAAGACCACGGGGCAGCCGGCUGACAUGAUGACUAAGAGGCUGGUGAAGCAGCAGCAUUGGAAGUGUUGCAAGCUGGCUGGGAUGGCUCUGAACUAA